CCUGGCGUUUUUUAGAUUUAGGGUUCUUGGGCUAUGCCGCUCGUGGCCUGCGGGGUGUGGCUCCCUGGGAGCGGUGCUGCUGUGAUUCGGCAGCAGCAGAGCGUGGAUCGCAAGAAAUGCGGCCGGGCGAUGAGAAUGCUGGCGGAGAUUUCGCUGUGGAGGGACGAGGAGGCGGCGGAUGGGAAGGAUGCGGAGGUGGAGGAGGGGAUUUUCGAGUCGGUUGUGAAGCGUCCAGCGCCGGCGCCUCCACUAGGCGCAAGGACGAGAUUUGUGGCUCAGGUACCAGUUAGAGGCUUGGUCCCCGAGAGAUGGAGGGAUUUGCAAGACGAUCUCAACAGGACCAAGCGGCAGAAGAGGAGAGAGGUUCUCAAGGGGAGACGGUCGAGGAGCAAGGAGGAAAAGGCUAAGCUGCGGGAGAAGCUUGGCGAAAUCAUUGACGAGGCCAUUCAACAGGAGAAGAUCGAAGAAGAAGAAGAAGAAGUCGCACACACUGUCUUUGAAGGUGGUCGUCAACUUCAUCGAGCUUCUUAUCGCCACGAAGAACUCAGUGAUGAUUUGGAGCUCGGAGAUGACAAUGGUGGCGAGCUUGUUUCGGCCGAGCGCUCGCAAAAUCUAGACAACUGUGGCAAGGCCACGCGGAAAAAUUCGAAACAGGCAAAGAAGGUGACCGAGCCAGCUCCACCAAACUAUUCCAAAGGAGAAAAUCUCAAAGGAAAUGAGAGGAAGCUCUUCCAGGAGUGCGACCGCCGAACUAUCGAGAAAAGAAGUUGUGAGAAAUGGAUGCCUUUACACACGCUGGCCUCGCCACAGCAGCCAUUUCUUGUUGCGGAGCUGAUGCAACAGGAUGAUCACGAAGACAAUGUGAACGAGGAAGGAGUUACGGUUUUGCGUAAAGCUGUUCAAGCUGGCAGACUUCACAUCGUCAAACAUUUAAUCCAUGGUGGAGCCAACGUUUUCUAUCGGGACAAGGAUGGCUCAACGCUCUUACACCAUGCAGUCGCCAGUGGGAGUCCCAGUGUCGUGAGACUGCUGCUAAAAUAUGGAGUGCAUGUAAACUCUGUUGACAAGGCGGGCUGGACACCGCUCCAUGUCGCGGUUCGCUGCCAACAGAGAGAUAUACUUCGCGUCUUGCUCAAUCGUGGAGCCGACUGGACAAUUGCUAACGAGGAUGGAGAUACACCACUUGAUUUAUCCGGUAAUGGCACUUCUGGACUUGAUGGAAAAUCGGGAUAGGACAUUACGCAUGCCGAGUGAGGUGGUGUCCAGGCAUGAAGGUCUCAAAGCUGCUAGUCGUAUCAUAUCAGUGAUCACUGGUGCCAAGCAACAAUGCAUUCUCGCGAACAGGACCUCAGAUCAACCUGGGAAACACCACCUCAAACGCUCGCGUUUGAUCCGCCAGUGGAAGCAACAUCGUUCGUCUUCAUGGAUGAAGGGAUGGAGCUCGCGCUCGUCGAUGACGGAGCUCCCUCUAAUUGGCUUGGAUAUCUCGUCCAAUCACGUACGAAGCCACGCACAAAGGUAACUGCGAAUAUCAAUAGGACCUUAGGUUUCGUUAUAGUUUUACCCUUUGGUUUUAAAUUGACAAUGAGCAUCAAGAGCCAACACACCGUGGGUGGAACAACGAGGGCAAAACGGACCCCCAGAAAGAGGACCAAGACAAAAGGUGGCGAGACAGGUGGGGUCAACGCACUAGCUACCCAGUCGUUGCCGGUCAACCACGAGCUCCACUGCCUGAUCAUGUCUCUCAUGGACGAUGAGUCCCUGGAAGUAGACGAGGCAGAGUGGCCAGAAUGGUGCAGGGACAUUCUCCAAGGGGCGCGGGAUUGUGGGGUGGAGAUGAUCCAAGGACGCCAGGACGAGGAGUUUGGACGGAAUUUUCUCAAGGAUUUCAAGGUGGAGGAUAUAGAUGAGAGAGAUCUGGUGUUGGGCUUUGAGCAGUUCGGGAAUCCACAGCUUGGACAGGAGAGGAACGAUGGUGCUAUGGAAAUGGAAAUCAAAACUCUGGAGCUUGCGGCAAGAAAAGAGCAAGAGAUGAUGAUGUGGAGAAAUGAGAUGAACAAGACUUGUUACAGAGACAACUUUGCCUUUACCAAAAGGCAUGGUGGCUGAUAAUUAAUCGAUUUUUUCUGUU